AUGGCAGACUCCAAUUCGUCGCGGUUCACGGUAAUCAUUGCCGGCGGCAGUCUGGUCGGUUUGACAACGGCGGUGACGCUGGAAAAGGCUGGGAUCGACUAUGUCCUGUUAGAGAAGCGAGAGAUCGCUCCUCAUCUGGGCGCCUCUGUCUCAAUUCAUCCACAUACCCAGAGGGUUAUGGAGCAGCUUGGCAUUUGGCCCGAGAUCCAGGCUGGCGUUGUGCCGUUAGAAACUCGACAACACUAUGAUGAGAAUGGUAACAUGUUUGAAGACUCGGCCAUCUUGCAAGAGAUUUCCAAGAUGACCCUCCAUCGAUGGACUACUUUUAUGGAGCGAAGGUUUAUGCUUAGCUGUAUCUAUAACCAGAUUGCAGACAAGUCUAGAAUCCGAGCUCACACUGGUGUUGCUUCCUUCACUGAGACAGAGGAUGGUGUUGAGGUAGUUACGGAUAAAGGUGAAACCAUCAAGGGAGACAUCCUCCUCGGUGCCGAUGGCAUCCACAGCACAAUUCGAAACUUGAUGGCCGAUAAGAUUGCUUCUACUGAUCCUGCUGCAUCAAAAGAAAUGCAAAGUGGCUUCAUCAGCAACUACCAUUGCAUUUUUGCAACCUCAAAGAACUCUAAAGAGUCAGCUGGCGGCAAGCAAUUCUUGCCAGAGCGAGCUGUCCACAAUGUCUACUACCCGGGCUUCUCCGGUGUCAUUGCUGCCGGUGUCCCUGAAGAAGAGACCGAGGCCACAAUCGCCAAGUACGGAGACUAUGCCGUGGGCCCUGGCUACACCUUCAAAGACUUGUGGGAAAGCAGGGUUAGGGCGAACAUGCUACCCCUUGAAGAGGGAGUCUUGAAGCCAAAGUGGAAUACCGGCGGUAGAGUUGCAUUGAUGGGCGACGCAGUUCACAAGGCGACCAUCAAUCCUGGACUCGGAGGCAACUUGGCCAUCGAGGGUGUUGUCCACUUAAUGAACGAAUUGAUACCCUUAGUGCGACGAUGCGAAGCAGAUGGUGGGAGAAAGCCGACAAAGAGCGAGAUCACUGCUGCUUUGGAUGCUUAUGAGGCGAAGCAACGACCCCAUGCCAACACCAUUGUCACCAUGUCUGGGUAUGUCACACGGUAUGAAGCAAUGGAGACAUGGUGGUUGAGGCUCUUGCGCCGUGUUUCUCCUUGGGUCAGCGAUAAGACCAAGGCUGGUGGAUUUGUUGGAUAUAUAAAUGAAGGACCAUGGCUGAACUUUUUGCCCAAUCCGGAUGAGCAACAGAAGGUGGAUGAGAAGCCGUAG